AACAGCUUACGCAAUGUGCUGUUUUCGCCUAUUCUGACUGCGACAACUACAAUUUUGUGACAUCAAAAUGCCGAUUUCAAGCAAUGCUAGACUACUUGGGAAGACUUUGCGGCCUCUACUGGCAACAAAGUUAAUUCAACCGGUUCCUGCGUCAGCUUCGUAUCAUAAAAAUGUGAUAGAUCACUAUGAGAACCCAAGGAAUGUUGGAGCAAUGGACAAGAAUGACAAGAAUGUUGGCACAGGGUUGGUUGGUGCGCCAGCUUGUGGAGACGUCAUGAAACUACAGAUCAAAGUUGAUGACGAUGGAAAGAUAGUAGAUGCUAAGUUUAAGACAUUUGGUUGUGGGUCAGCAAUAGCAUCAAGUUCAUUAGCCACUGAAUGGAUCAAAGGAAGAUCGGUUGAUGAGGCAAAGAAUAUCAAGAACACAGACAUCGCCAAAGAGUUGAGUCUUCCUCCAGUCAAGUUACAUUGUUCAAUGCUGGCAGAGGAUGCUAUCAAGGCGGCGCUCCAGGACUACAGGGUGAAGCAGGAUCCCAAGGAAGAGAAUGCUUAGAACCUAUGUUUUUAUAUUAUUAAUAAUCCUUCAUUAUAUUUUGUGUAUUUUAUUUUUAUGCAAUGAAAACAGUCGACUUUUUCAGUUUGCAGUAAAACCAAUAAUAGCUGGCAUUACCAUAGAUUAAAAAAUGCACACGUUGGUGUAAUAGAAAAAGAAAAACUUAUAUCAUUUAAAAUUUUUACAGGGAAUUGACACAAUUCCAAUACAAGUUUCCCAAAUUUUGGAAGGAAUUCUAGCCACUUUUAAGUCAAUAAUGGUGUCAGUUUU